CUCUCUCUUCUAUCUCUCACAUUCAAGCAUUUCCUCUGUAAUAGGAUUUAGGGUUUUCGUCUGAAUAUUUCAAUUUCGAAGAAGAACAACAAGAAGAAGAAAGAUGUUUUCUUUAUGAAAAAGAAAUGUCAUGGUAGAGAAUUAAUUCCAUAUUUGGGGUUUCAGUCUGACAGUUCUUAUCAGAUGCAUUCCGCUUUUAUAUAUCUUCGUCUCUUGUGAUGACUUAUGUCGUUCUUAGUGAAUGGCGAGGUUUCAUGUUCUUCAUUUCCUCCUUCUCCUCGCACUCCUACUGACCAUUUCCACCCCUAAUUUCUUCUUUUCUCCGGUGGGUUCUUCUUCAAUCGAUGACUCAUAUUGGAGUCUCUUUCACCAGGACUACUCACCUCCUUCCCCACCACCCCCUCCCCCGCAUCCUCCCUCUGUUUCAUGCGAGGACGAUUUAGGUGGUGUUGGAUCCAUUGAUUCCACGUGCGAGAUAGUAUCUGAUCUAGUCUUAACCCAUGAUGUUUAUAUUGAAGGAAAGGGAAAUUUUUAUAUCCUCCCUAAUGUAACUGUCCAUUGUCUGGUUCCCGGUUGUGAAUUUACCGUAAACGUUUCUGGGAAUUUUGUUCUUGAUGAGAAUGCUUCGAUUGUGACUUCUGCAUUUGAUCUUGGCGCCAAUAAUGCUUCUUUUCUUAACGGUUCUUUGGUGAAUACAACUGGGUUAGCUGGUUCUCCUCCUACCGGAAGUAGUGGCACGCCGCAAGGAAUUGAUGGGGGAGGUGGAGGACAUGGUGGAAGAGGUGCUUGUUGUUUGACUGACCAGGGGAAGUUACAGGAGGAUGUUUUUGGUGGGGAUACUUAUGCGUGGUCUACAUUGCAGAAGCCUUGGAGUUAUGGGAGUAAGGGUGGUACAACUAGUAAAGAGGCGGAUUUAGGUGGAGGUGGUGGGGGGAGAAUCAUGUUGCUGGUUGAGAAUUAUAUUGAUGUCAAUGGUAGUCUUCUUGCUGAUGGUGGAGAUGCUGGUCCUAGAGGCGGAGGUGGGUCUGGUGGAAGUAUCUACAUCAAGGCUUAUAAGAUGACGGGUGGUGGAAGAAUUAGUGCUUCUGGAGGCAAUGGUUUUUCUGGUGGAGGUGGUGGAAGAGUUGCUGUUGAUAUAUUCAGUAGGCAUGAUGAUCCAAAAAUCUUUGUCCAUGGAGGGGGUAGCUUGGGCUGCCUAGAAAAUGCAGGUGCUGCUGGAACAUUUUAUGAUGCUAUUUCUCGCAGUCUUACUGUUAGCAAUCACAACCUAUCAACAUAUACAGACACACUUCUAAUGGAGUUCCCUAACCAGCCUCUAAUGACUAAUGUUUAUAUUCAAAAUCAUGCUAAGGCUGCUGUUCCCCUGCUAUGGAGUCGUGUGCAGGUCCAAGGCCAAAUUAGUAUCUUGACUAGUGGAACCCUCAGCUUUGGCUUGGCACAAUAUGCUUUAUCAGAGUUUGAAGUACUUGCAGAAGAAUUGCUAAUGAGCGAAUCUGUAGUUAAGGUUUUUGGAGCUCUACGUAUGUCUGUAAAGAUGUUUCUCAUGUGGAAUUCGACAAUGCUUAUUGAUGGUGGUGGAGAUGCAGAUGUUGCGACGUCUUUACUUGAAGCUAGCAAUCUCAUUGUUCUCAAGGAAUCUUCCAUCAUACAUUCCAAUGCAAAUUUGGGAGUUCACGGGCAAGGUUUUUUGAACUUAUCUGGACCAGGAGACUGCAUUGAAGCACAACGCCUAGUGUUGUCUCUGUUUUAUAGUAUUAAUGUUGGACCUAGUUCAGUUCUGCGAGGCCCUCUACAAAAUGCGUCUACUGAUGCUGUGACACCAAAACUAAAUUGUGAACAUCAGGAUUGUCCUUAUGAGCUACUUCACCCACCUGAAGAUUGUAAUGUUAACUCUUCACUGCCCUUUACUCUUCAGGUCUGCAGGGUUGAGGAUAUCCUUGUUGAAGGCCUUAUAGAAGGAUCUGUUGUUCAUUUUCAUAGGGCUAGAACCAUAGCUGUCCAGCCUCUUGGAGUUAUUAGCACAACAGGGAUGGGUUGCACUGGUGGUGUUGGUAGAGGAAAGUUUUUGAGCCAUGGUUCUGGUAGUGGUGGUGGGCAUGGGGGUAGAGGUGGACUUGGUUGUUACAAUAACAACUGCAUUGAGGGUGGGAUUUUAUAUGGAAAUCCGGAGUUGCCUUGUGAACUUGGUAGCGGAAGUGGAAAUGAUAGCUUUGUUGGAUCAACUUCUGGAGGUGGUGUUAUAGUGAUGGGUUCGAGAGAGCAUCCUUUGUCAAGUUUAACAGUUGAAGGUUCAGUUAGAGCUGAUGGAGAGUCAUAUAGGGAGGACAGCUUGAAUGAAAAUAUGUAUGUAAUGAAUGACUGGAGAGGUGGUGCUGGUGGUGGAUCUGGUGGAUCCAUUCUUUUGUUUUUGCAUACUCUAUCUGUUGGUGAAUCUGGCAUGCUCUCCAGUAUUGGAGGCCAUGGUAGUACUUUUGGUGGUGGUGGAGGUGGCGGUGGAAGGAUUCACUUUCAUUGGACAGAUAUACCCAUUGGAGAUGUAUACCAGCCAAUAGCCAGUGUAAAUGGAUCCAUCGAUUCCAGUGGAGGACUAGGUGCCAAUGAAGGUGAAGCUGGAGAAAAUGGAACUGUCACUGGAAAAUCUUGCCCUAAAGGACUUUAUGGGAUCUUUUGUGAGGAGUGCCCCGCUGGAACCUAUAAGAAUGUAUCAGGAUCAGACGGAACAUCUUGUCGUACAUGUCCUGCUUAUGAACUUCCGCUUCGUGCUAUUUACAUUUCGGUGCGAGGUGGUGUUGCUGAAACUCCUUGUCCUUAUAAAUGUAUCUCAGACAGAUAUCACAUGCCACUCUGUUACACAGCACUUGAAGAGUUGAUAUACACAUUUGGUGGGCCUUGGUUGUUUGGAUUUCUUCUUCUGGCACUCCUCAUCCUCUUAGCUUUGGUGCUUAGUGUUGCUCGAAUGAAAUUCAUUAGCGUCGAUGAAAUACCUGGCCCAGCUCCUACCCAGGGUUCUCAAAUAGAUCACUCUUUUCCUUUUCUGGAGUCGCUAAAUGAGGUUUUAGAAACAAACAGGGUUGAAGAGUCAAGGAGUCAUGUGCAUAGGAUGUAUUUUCUGGGACCUAAUUCUUUUAGUGAGCCUUGGCAUCUUCCUCAUAGCCCUCCAGAGCAAGUGAAGGAGAUAGUAUACGAAGGGGAGUUUAAUAGGUUCAUGGAUGAAAUGAAUGCUAUAGCUGCUUAUCAAUGGUGGGAGGGAUCUGUGUAUAGCGUGCUAUGUGUUUUAGUUUAUCCUCUUGCGUGGUCAUGGCUACAGUGGCGGCGGAAAAUAAAGCUACAGAGGCUUCGUGAAUUUGUGAGAUCAGAGUAUGAUCAUGCUUGCUUGCGAUCUUGUCGGUCCCGUGCCCUCUACGAGGGGUUGAAGGUGGCUGCAACAUCUGACCUGAUGUUAGCAUAUGUGGAUUUCUACCUUGGUGGAGAUGAGAAGAGAAGUAAUCCUCAUCCCCAACUCCGUCAAAGAUUUCCCAUGUCCUGGCCUUUUGGAGGCGAUGGAAGUUACAUGGCUCCUUUCUCACUCCACAACGAUAAUAUCAUUACUAGUCUUAUGAGUCAGUGUAUGCCACCCACGACUUGGUAUCGUUUUGUGGCGGGUCUAAAUGCACAAUUGAGACUAGUAAGACGAGGACAUCUUAAGGUCAUGCUUCAAACUGUCGUAAGGUGGCUUGAUACUCAUGCGAACCCGGCUCUUAGAGAUUAUGGUGUGCGUGUUGAUCUUACACAGUUUCAAGGAACUUCUAAUGGUUAUUGUCAAUAUGGGCUUCUGGUGUAUUCUACUAUUGAAGGAGAAGAUGACUUGACACCACCUGCUGCUGGGAGUAUGGAUGGUGCGUCUCCUAUUGAGCAACAACAACAACGCUCGAGCAGUUUUUUGAAAGAUUCAAUCGACGAUAUAUUGAUUUUAGAUCAAAGAGGAAGCAGUGAAAGCCUUGUUGCUCAAAGUAAGAAAUGUGUGGGGGUUUUGGACAUUGGCAACUUGAAACUGAUCGAGGAGAAGAUGGAUAUGUACUAUCCUCUAUCCUACAUACUUCACAAUACUAAACCCGUCGGUCACCAGGAUCUUGUUGGACUGAUCAUCUCGAUUCUACUUUUGGGUGAUUUUAGCCUAGUUCUGCUUACUUUACUUCAGUUAUACUCGAUCUCGCUUGCAGAUGUCUUUAUUGUUCUGUUUAUUUUACCACUUGGAAUUUUGCUUCCAUUUCCUGCCGGAAUCAAUGCUCUAUUCAGUCAUGGACCUAAACGAUCUGCUGGUCUGGCUCGCGUUUAUGCCUUGUGGAAUGUUACAUCAUUGGUUAAUGUGGUUGUUGGCUUUAUAUGCGGGUACGUCCAUUAUAGUUACCAGGCUAGUAAACGAAGUCCGAGUAGUGGACCUUGGCAUUUUAGCAUGGAUGAGAGCGAAUGGUGGAUAUUUCCGGUUGGGAUAGUGUUGUGCAAGUUAAUACAGUCGCGGCUGAUAAACUGGCAUAUUGGUAAUUUGGAAAUUCAAGAUCGGUCGCUGUACAGUAAUGACUAUGAGAUGUUUUGGCAAUCGUGACAAUGGUGAAUUAAAGAAGCUGAUGAGAUAAAUAUAGAGUUUUUUUUGUUUCUUUUGGUCUAUGUUUUCAUUAUUUUGUUUUAAAAUCUAUUAUUAUUAUGUAGAAAAAAAAAAGAAGAGAAAGAGAUAUGCUUAGAGAGAACACUAUUGAUUGAUUGAAUGAAAUGUAACCAAACCCCCCUUCUUCUCUGAAACAUCACCACGUGCAGCUGAUUUUUGUGCUGCAAUGUGAAUAUCAUCAUAAAAUGCACCAAAAUUUCACUUAAUUCUGUUCAUUUGAUGAUGAAAACUCU